CAGAAUCAAAGUAAAAGAGAGCAACCCAAACAUUUUGUGCCGUCGCCUCCACCGCAGAAAUUCAACUUCGACUCCACAACGCCAGCUGCGCAACCGUCGCCGACUGCGAUGGCGGCGAUCAGCGUCUUGAACGUAGCGGAGAAGCCGUCGGUGGCAAAGUCAGUAGCCGGCAUACUAUCCCGGAACCAGUUCCGGACGAGGGAAGGGCGCUCGCGAUACAACAAAAUCUUCGAGUUCAAUUACUCAAUCAACGGCCAGCAGUGCCACAUGCUCAUGACCUCCGUCACCGGCCAUCUCAUGGAGCUGGACUUCGACGACCGCUUCCGCAAGUGGCAUUCAUGCGAUCCCACCGACCUCUACACCGCUCCCGUCCGUAAAUUCGUUCCCGAGGACAAGAAAGAUAUAAAGAGAUCACUGGAAGAGGAAGCGAGAAGAUGUCAGUGGCUUGUUCUGUGGCUCGAUUGCGAUAGAGAGGGAGAGAACAUCGCGUUUGAAGUAAUGGAAGUUUGUAGAGCAGCAAAUUCACGUCUUACAGUACGGAGAGCUCGUUUCUCAUCUCUAAUUGAGAGGGAAAUUCAUCAAUCUGUUCAGAAUCUUGUUGCUCCAAAUCAGUGGUUUUCCGACGCUGUUGAUGCUAGGCAAGAAAUUGAUCUGCGCAUUGGCGCUUCCUUCACUAGGUUCCAGACAAUGCUAUUGAGAGAUAAGUUUGUCAUUAACUACGCGCAGGAUGAAAGGAAUCUUAUCCUAAGUUAUGGGCCUUGUCAGUUUCCUACCCUGGGUUUCAUUGUGGAGCGGUAUUGGGAGAUACAAUCACAUGAGCCAGAAGAGUUUUGGACCAUCAACUGUACUCAUAACUCUGAUGAAGGCAUUGCUACUUUCAACUGGACGCGUGGACAUCUUUUUGACUACAUUUCUGUGGUUACUCUGUAUGAAAUGUGCGUUGAGGAACCAACUGCAACGGUGACAAAAGUUCAAAAGCAGGAGAGACUUAAGCAUCCUCCAUUUCCUUUGAGCACAGUUGAGCUUGGGAAACGAGCUUCACGAUACUUCCGGAUGAGUUCUGAGCAGACCAUGAAGGUUGCUGAAGAUCUAUACCAAUCUGGUUUCAUUAGUUAUCCUCGUACCGAGACUGAUAGCUUCUCUAGCGGGACUGACCUGCGGGCCAUUGUACAAGAGCAAGCGGGCCAUCCUUCAUGGGGUUCAUAUGCACAAAGGUUGUUAGAUCCUGAAGCAGAACUCUGGAGAAACCCUGGUAACGGAGGACAUGAUGAUAAGGCUCAUCCACCCAUUCAUCCAACCAAAUAUUCUUCCGGGGAGUCAGGCUGGAGUCAAGACCACCAUAAAGUAUAUGAGUUUGUGGUUCGCCAUUUUCUGGCCUGUGUUUCAAGACCCGCUGUAGGGGCUGAAACCACCGUUGAAAUUGAUAUUGCCGGUGAGCUGUUUUGUGCAUCAGGGAGGAUGAUACUAGCCAAAAAUUACUUGGAUGUCUACCGGUUUGAGUCCUGGGGAAAUUCAAUGCUUCCAACCUAUGAUCAAGGACAACAGUUCAUUCCAACCACGCUUACCCUUGAUUCGGGAAUCACUAGGCCACCACCUUUGCUGAGUGAAGCUGAUUUACUAGGUUGUAUGGAUAAGGCAGGUAUUGGCACAGAUGCAACAAUGCAUGAUCACAUAAAGAAGCUGCUAGAUCGGUUCUAUGUGACUAAGGAUGCAAAUACACGUUUCUCACCAACUAAUCUUGGCGAGGCUUUAGUCAUGGGAUAUGAUGAAAUGGGGUAUGAGCUUUGGAAACCAAAUCUUCGGUCGAUGAUGGAAUAUGAUAUGAAGGAAGUAAGUGUGGGCCAUAAAAGUAAAGCUGACGUUCUAGCUACUUCCUUACAACAAAUGAAAGCUUGCUUCAUAGAUGCCAAGUUGAACAGAACAAAACUCUUGGAAGCUAUGGAUGUUUUCUUUGAAAGAACUGAUAGAUCUGCUUCAGAUGCCCAAUAUGCAACAGGGGAAAUUGUUCGCUUAUGUGGGUUGUGCCAGGAGUCAAAUAUGGUGUUGAAGCGAAACCGGGACAACAAGUUCAUGGUUGGAUGCUCGGGAUUCCCACAGUGCAGGAAUGUUGUCUGGCUCCCGGGACCUGUAUUAGAGGCCACCGUAACCACCAACGUUUGUGGUUCCUGCACUCCAGGUCCUGUUUAUUUGAUUCAGUUCAAGUUUCGGCAGCUGGAAAUACCACCGGGAUUCAAUGUGGAGCAUUUGGGCUGCAUCGGUGGCUGCGACCAAACUCUCAGAGAGCUGACAGAGAUGUGUGGAACUGGUACCCGUGGACAAGUUGCAGCUGCAGCAGCAGCAGCAGGAGGAGGAAGAGGCCGAGGUGCUGCUCCAACACGCAGCAACCCACGACAAGGACAGAACCCUUGCAUAUACUGUAACCAACCUGGCCAUGCUUCAAUGGACUGCCCAUCGCAGCAGCAGUCAGCACCACCUCGUAGUGCUCGAUCUCGUGGAACGAAUCAACAAAACGAACAAUCUGCAUCGUCAGUUACAUGCACAACCUGUGGAGCGCCAUGCACGUUGCGAACAGCAAACACGGAGGCCAACAGAGGGAGGAAGUUCUACUCUUGUAACUCGCAGGCUUGCAACUUCUUCGCGUGGGAGGAUAGUCUUGCAAAUGGCGGUGGGCCCCAGAGAAGUGUCCCGCGAGCAAAUGGCUCGAGGGGUUCUAGCUCAGCAACCGCCGGCCGCAGGAGGGGCGGGGGUGGCGGCGGAAGAGGUGGAGGUGGCGGUGGCGGUAGCAGAGGAAGAGGAGUGCAGAACGGAUUCGUGUCGGCGCGGGAUGCCACAUUCGUCUCGGCGACAGGCGAGGAAUUGUCAGGCAGAAGGUGCUACGUGUGCGGUGAUCCUUCCCAUUUCGCGAAUUCCUGUCCUAAUCGAGGUUCUUGAGGGGUAAAAAAACAAGAUGCUAAGCUCACGCUGCAGUCUCAAAACUAGUAAUAGAUGAAAACAAAAAGAGAAAAAGAUAAAAAGAUUUGUACUUUUAGAUUGCUUUUCAAUUUGUAUCUAUAUUUUUCAAACGAAUUAUGAAAAUGGAUUGAGAUUUAUUUCGGUAAAUUAUAAGUAUGUUCACUAAUAUUACCUAAAAAGUU